UAAAUCAGAACCUUGUGAUGAAACUGAGUUUCCUAUUAAAAUAGAACAGGAAUCAGAUGAAGGGUCAAACACUCAGUAUUGAGACCAAUUGAAAACUGGUACAGUUCAUUUCCAAGGUCAUUUAUUGACAGUCUUUCUCCAAAUCUUACAAUAAUUCUAGAGGACUGAAGAUGUUGCUUGUCUGUUCCAGGAGAUGGAAAUACCUGCACCAUCGUCACCAUGGCAACAACACCCUAUGGAUUAAACACAAGAAAAAGGAAGGUACAUAAAAGGAAGAAAUCAAAAUCUGCUAAUAAACCAAACAUAGUGGCCAGGAGGAAAAGAACUGCAGCCUCAAUAUCUAAAGCAAAAACUCAAGCAUUUCUAAUUGCUGAUACAAUGACUGAAUUUGAAAAUGAGAUUCCCACAAAAAUUGGUAAAGGGAAACGAAAAUCUAAAAAAGCCAGGGUUAAACUGAAAAAUACUGAACCAGAGUGUGACAUAAAUGAUAGUGAGGAAUGUGUGCAAUCUGAGGCAAUAGCAGUGAAACAAGAGUAUGGUGAGCAUACCUUAGAUGAUUCAAAUAGCAAUCAACAUUCAGCUGGAGAUAACUUGAGCACCCAGCAUUAUAAACCUAAGACACACACAGAGGCUAAAAGUAAAACAGAUGGUGCUAAAAAGGCAAGGGAGUAUAUGGCUAGAGUGCGUGCAGAUCCAGUAUUGUAUGAGAAGUAUUGUAUGAAGGAACGACAGAGGAAGAAGGAAAGCCGUCGUCAAGAAAGAAACAAAUUAUUAUUACCUGGCAACGAGGAGCUUCUGGCUCAGCAUAGAUUCAAAAUGAGGAUGAGGCAAAAGAGAUCUCGACAAAGAAAUCGAACUAAUGACAAGAAACAAAGAGGAAGACCAAGAAAAGAUCAUUUAAAUGUUCAAAAAUCUGCUUCUGAAGACGAACUACAAAGAAAGACUGACAGUACUGAUAAGACAAUAGAAUAUGAUGAAACAAGUGCUGAAGUCAAAAUAGAGCCUGGUGAAUUGAACGAUAAUAAUGAAACAACUAUUAAAGUAGAACAACAAUGGUCAGAUGAUGGCUCAAACUAGAUAUAGACUCAAAAUUGAGACCAUAACAAUUUGAUAUGUAUGAUGAGACGUUAAAUCAGUCAGUGAAGCAUCUAAAGCAAGUUGCAUAUU